AUGCGCUCUUCAUUCUUCGCUGUCGCUGCAGCAGUGGCUGUUGUCAACGCUCAGGGAGCUCUUCCAGCUCCUUCAUCGACCGUCGUCGCAGACCCCGGCACUCUCCCACUCGGUGCCGAAUGUGCUCGUACUGAGCAGUGCGCUGGAGGUGCCGAAUGCUUUGCCAGCAACUUCAUGCAGAUCACAUCUUGCGGCAAGUACAACGCAGCAUGUGACAACGACUCACAAUGCGCUACCAACUUCUGCGCCGGUGGACUCUGCAGUGGUCCUCUGCCUCAAUCAGAGUGGCUGAUGCCCACUUCUCUCCAAUACAUGCCCAGCUCCACUGCGUCCAGUGUGGCUACCUCCACGUCCAGCCCUCAGGGUGCUCUGCCUGCUCCUUCGUCCACCGUCGUCGCUGCCGCUGGAUCCCUUCCUCUUGGCGCCGAGUGCGCCGACUCCAAACAGUGCGCUGGCGGUGCUUCAUGCUACGCAGUCAACUCCAUGGAAGUCACAACUUGCGGCAGUUUCCAGGCUUCAUGCAGCAAUGAUUCUCAGUGCGCAACCAACACUUGCAACGGUGGCUUGUGCAAUGGUUUCCUUCCUUCUUCCGCUUACCUCGCCAACACUGCUUCUGCCACUGCUUCGGGCUCAGCAUCCAUCUUGCCUAUCUCCAUCUCCUCAACUGGCUCUGGCAUGAUGUCCAUUAUGCCCAUCGCUACCUCCACCCCUCCUUCUUCUGGUCUUAUCGCUCUAGGCAAGAGCUGCAACGCGACCUCCCAAUGCGCAAACGGAGCUGAAUGCACAGUCUCGUCCGCAUGGCAAGAAGCCUCUGCAGGCAUGGUCUGCGGACCUUUCAACGCAACAUGCACGGAUUCUUCACAGUGCAGCUACAACUCUUGCUUCAACUCUCGCUGCAUUGGUCUGGUCGGCUACGAGUAUGCCACUUCAACUGCCAUUAUCUCCGGCAAGCCUACCUUGAUCGCUGUCAACGGAAGCAGUGUUUCCACUAGUGCUGUGAAGACUUCGGUUCCCAGCUCGACCAUUGUGCCUUACACCGGCAGUGCUGCCAGGGCUGGCAUGCAGGGUGGUAUUGCUGCUAUUCUUGGCGCUUUUGCUUUUUUGUUGUAG